AUGUCAGAGUUAAACCCAUCACAGCCAGCAAAGCGGACAAAUGUGGUUAGUGAUUGGCUCCAGAGAGUACAAGCCUUAGAGACAGAAGUACAAAUGAUCUUAGACAACAACGAAGAUAUCAAAAACGAUAGAGGGUGCUAUUUUUGUUGUUGGGGUGGAAAAAAUUGUUGGAGUGCCUACCGACUUGGUAAAUUAAUGUCACGAAAGCAGAUUAUCGUGGAGAGUUUGUUGAGGGAAGCCAAUAUCCAAGAGGUUACCUAUAAAUGUCAACCGGAUCCUCUUCAACAGAUUCCCACCGUUGAAGUUGUCGGCAUGGACUCAAAAUUUAAUGAGGUGUUGGAGUCCUUGGUUACCGAGGAAAAUCUUGUGCGAGUUCUAGGUUUAUAUGGAAUGGGAGGAGUUGGAAAGACAACUCUUCUACAAAAGGUUAACAAUGAGUUUGCAAACAGAAAACAAUUUGAUUUAGUAAUUUUUGUUGCGGUGUCAAAAGAUCUGGACUUAAAAAGUAUUCAGAACCAGAUGGGGAAAAAAUUAGGAGUCUCAUGGGCAGAAGAAACUAAUGUAAAUGAGAGAGCUAACGAUAUAUUCGUCUUGUCAAAAACUAAGAAAUUAUUGUUGUUGUUAGAUGAUAUUUGGGAAGGAGUUGACUUGGAAACAAUAGGAGUUUCAAAGUACACUUUCCAAAUAACUGGGUCUAAGGUAGUAUUUACUACAAGGAAUAAGCAAGUGUGUGGGUUUAUGGAAGCUGAUAAGAGCAUCAAAAUAGAGUGUCUAGAUGAGGAUUCAGCUUGGAGCCUGUUUCAACAAAAGGUCAAGCAAGAAGCACUAAGUUGUCAUCCAGAUGUACCAGAGGUUGCCAAGAAAAUUGUGAAGGAAUGUUGUGGUUUACCUUUAGCUCUCAUCGCUAUUGGUCGAACCAUGUCUUGCAAAACCGAUCUCCAACAAUGGCAACACGCAGUACACACUCUACACGAAUCGGCAUCAAAGUUUUCUGGCAUGGCCGAUAAAGUAUUAGCUAUUAUGAAGUUCAGCUAUGAUAAUCUGGAAAACCAAAAGUUGAAGUCUUGUUUCUUGUAUUGCUCGUUAUAUCCAGAAGACCAUUCGGUUUAUAAUUACGAACUUAUUGCAGUUUGGAUAGGAGAAGGGUUUUUGGAUAACGUCGGUGAUUUUGUCAAAGCUCAAAAUGAAGGUUAUGAUGUGAUUAGAUGUCUUAAAGAUGCGUGUUUGUUAGAAUCCGGUAUCGCGCUUGGGGUAAAGAUGGAGUAUCUGGUAAAAAUGCAUGAUGUAGUUCGUGAUUUGGCAAUAUGGAUAGCUUCAGAUCUUGGUAGGAAAAAAAACACGAAUUUGACGUUACAAUCACAGAGCAUACUGGAGGUCCAUGAAUGGGAGAUAGCAGAGAGGAUCUCUUUGGUAGACAAUAAAGCAGUUCAAGUACUUAAUGGAGCACCAAACUUCCCGAAUCUCAUAACAAUGAUUCUUCAAGAUAGUAAUAUCUCUUUUAUAUCUGAUGAAUUCUUCCGGUUCAUGCCCAUGCUUAAAGUUUUAAAUAUGUGUUGUGUGAAACUCAGAAAACUCCCAACGAGCUUGUUUUCACUGUCGAAUUUGCAGUCCUUGUAUAUGCCAGAAUAUGAUGAAAAUAUCAUUCUAACACCGGGAAGUUUAGCUUCUCUAACAAAAAUGAAGAUCUUAUGGUUAUCUGAAUCGUGUUGUCACUGGGAAGUUGAAGGCGGACCAAGCCUCCGGGAACUGGAAAGCUUACAACAUCUGAUAGGUCUUAUCAUCACAGUUGGAACUGGUCUUGCUCUUCACAGGUUAGUAACUAGCCCAAAACUACAGCUGUGCACAAAAUUCUUAGUCAUUAAAUAUUGUCCAGGCAUUACAUCUCUCACAUUUUUACCAUCUUCACCAUCGUCAUCACUUAGUCUUGUACACAUGAGGCGCUUAAGCUACCUUUCUCUAAAAAACUGUAAUGACUUAGAAGAGUUGAGAAUCAUUAGUUGCGGUAAUGAUACUUUGUUCACAACAUUAGAGGAUUUAUUCUUUUCUUUCAUGCCAAAGUUAAGGAUAGUAUGGGAUGUGCCUCAACAAUCAUUCUGCUCCGUAAACCUUAAACGUGUAUCUAUUGAUGGAUGCCCUCAAUUAAAGGAUAUUACAUGGCUGAUCUAUGCUCACAAUCUCAGAGAACUGAUCUUGGAAAAUUUGGAUGGAUUGGAAGAGAUAAUAGCUAAUGGAUAUGCAUCUGAAGAGAAGUUAAUAAAUACGUUUCCCAAAUUAAACUAUUUGGUUUUGCGCUCUCUAAGGAAUCUAAGAAGGGUGUGUGAUCAAAAGGUGAAAUUCUUUCUUUUAGAAAAGAUUUCUGUGGUGGGAUGUCCAGCAUUGGAGAAGCUACCAUUUUAUGCUAAUAGCGUGAUUCCUCGGGCUUUAAAGAUUGAAGGAAAUAAGCAAUGGUGGGAAAGCCUUGAAUGGGAAGAUGAAGCCACCAAAUGUAAUCUUUCUCCUUAUUUUCGUGAAAUCCAAUAUUAA